UCCACCAACCGCCCUAUCCUAUCUUUUAAUUUAUGAGUUGAAGAAAACAAGAAUAAAUACACAACAUAAUUAACAAAAGAUAAAGUCAUAGCCAUAUAAAUAUCACUAACCACUAUAUCGAAACAUUGUCAAACAUAGAAAGAAACAAAGAUCCAGAAAAAGAGAAACCAGACAUGGAAGGUUUACAAAGAUCUGCAGUAUCAUUCAGAAGACAAGGUUCAUCAGGGUUUGUUUGGGAUGAUAGGUUUCUACAAGAAGAAAUAAACAAGAUGAACCAGAAUCAGAAUCAACAAGAACAAGAAGACAAAGAUGAGAUCAAAGAGAUGAACCGUGAUGCAACAUCACCACAGCUUGGACCAAUCAAUACUGUUCAAAGAAGUCGUUCCAACGGUGGAGGACGUGGUUACCGUACCGGAAAAGUUUCUCCGGCGAUUGAGCCACCGUCUCCUAGGAUUUCUGCUUGUGGGUUUUGUGGUGCUUUUGGGAAAGUUGGAGAGAAAAGGAAACCACCUAAGCAUCGAUCAAGGUAGUUUUUUUUUUACUGUUUUGUUGUAUUUGUCGGUGGUUUGAAGCGUUACCGGAGAUGGGAUAUUCCGGGGAAGGUGAAAGGUUUAUGCUCUUUUGUGUAAUGGUAAUUACUUAAUUAAUUAGUUACUUUAGGUUUGUGGGGUAUAGUAUAGUACCUAGUGGUUGAGUUCAUCAUGAAUUCGUUUUGUUAUGAUUAUUAUUAAUUAAGAACAUAAUGAUGAUGAAUCAUGUUUUAUUUUUGCUUUUGCUUUCUUUAUUAUCACAAGUCUUUGUUUA